AUGUACGGACCUGAUCAGUUCAUGAAUCCGGGGCCCGCUCCCCGCCCCCCGACCGAUCGUCCCAAGUUGACCCUGCCGACCAACAACACGAACGCCUCUUUCGCCCAGAUGAGUCUGGACUCCCCGAGUACCCCGGGCCCGCAGUCAGCGAACCUCUCGCUUUUCCCCAAUACCAGUAGUCCAGCAUUGGGGAUGAAUCGGAGUAACACCAGCCAGGGCGGAAUCGCGAUCGUCAAAGAAGGCCCUGUUCGUUGCAAAGAAGACAAGUUCCUGGCAACAUGGAACCAACGAUUUUUGAUUUUGCGAGAGUACAAACUUGAAUUCUUGAAGAAUGAUUCUAGCAAGGUGGUUAUCUCGUUCCCUUUGUCCACAGUCACCGCCGUGUCACGUUCCGAGGAUUGCAAGAUGGCAUUCGAGAUCACUCGCUUGGCGAACCCGAAGGAUGCUACCUCGAAGAGUGCGCUAUUGACCCGCGAUUUGCCCACUAAAACGAUUACAUGUGAGGUUAAGUCCGAUGAUGAGAUCUAUGAAUGGAUUGAUAAGAUCUAUGAGCGCUGCCCCGGUAUGGGUGGUGUCAGCAACCCAACCAAUUUCAGUCAUCGGGUGCAUGUUGGCUUUGACCCGCAGUCCGGUGCAUUUGUUGGACUGCCACCUGAGUGGGAGAAGCUUUUGACGGCCUCUGCGAUCACGAAGGAAGACUACAAGAAGAAUCCUCAGGCGGUGAUUGAGGUUCUUGAGUUCUACUCUGAUAUCAAGAUGCGCGAACAGAACCCGCAAUAUUAUGCUGGUAUCAACUCUCCUGCCGGCGGCAGCCAGCAGCCCAAGCCCUAUGGCAGCAGUGUAGGAAACUCCAUCGCACCACCAAGGCCCCCUCCACCCGGGCCCAUGCAGCGCCUCGACAGUGGUUUGUCAAAGCCAUCCGAUGGUUCGAUGCGCUCCGCUUCUGGCCCCGCAGGACAAGCAGACCGUGCAACAGAGCAGCAGCAGCAAUUGGAACGCAUGAAGGAGAUGGCAGACCAGGAGCGUCGCCGCGUGGAAGACGAAGCCCGUCGUAAUAAGGAGGAUCAGGAUGCUUACAAUGCAUCUAUCCCGCAGACCCGCACCCCGAUGGCCAAACAAGAGCUCGGUGGAUACGGAGGAGACGAUGCCUCUCAGAACAGCCGCUACCAACCAAGUCGCCCGGCUCCCCAAGCUCCAGGUGCCGCUUCUCGCUCGCAAGACCCCCGCCAACUCACCGCACAGCGUCCCGCGCCAGCACCACCGUCGCAAACUCCCUACAGCCAGGGCACACCCCGAGCGCCUGGUGCCUCUCGGACCGAUGACCGCCAGGGCUCCCCAAGCUCUCGCUACCCCCCUAAUGACCCUCGGAGCCAGAGCCCGGCCAGCCGCCCUCAACAGAAUGGCGGAAAGGGCCAGCAGGCCGGACCCCCUCCAACACGUCUGCCAGCCCCUGUUCAGGCUGUGAAGCCGCUGAACAUCGCCAACAAGCAAGCCUCCGCCAAGCCGGACAGUGUCCGUCAGGCAGAGGCCGCCCUCAGCAAGAAGGCGGAACCCCGCCAGAAGGAGGUGCGUAUGUCCGCUAUGUCAGAGAACGAAGUCAUGGACCGUCUGCGGUCCGUUGUCUCCAAGGACAAUCCCAAUGAGUCCUACAGCAAGCAGCGCAAGAUCGGCCAGGGUGCUUCUGGUUCCGUGUAUGUGGCGCGUGUCAAGGAAGGUGCCACCUCCGGCGUUGCUCACGAGCUCUACCGGACUUACGGCCCACGCUGCCAGGUUGCUAUCAAGCAGAUGGAUCUGCGAAGCCAGCCUCGCAAGGAGCUGAUUGUCAACGAGAUUAUUGUUAUGAAGGACAGUCAACAUGCGAAUAUUGUUAACUUCCUCGACUCCUUCCUGCAGGAGUCCAGCAAUGAGCUCUGGGUUGUCAUGGAGUUCAUGGAAGGUGGUGCUUUGACUGAUGUGAUUGACAACAACCCCGUAAUCUCCGAGCACCAAAUCGCAACAAUCUGUGCUGAGACAUGCAAGGGUCUGGCCCAUCUCCACAGUCAGAACAUUAUUCACCGUGACAUCAAAUCCGACAAUGUCCUUCUUGACCGUGUCGGACAUGUCAAAAUCACCGAUUUCGGCUUCUGUGCCAAGCUUACCGAGUCAAAGAACAAGCGUGCAACAAUGGUCGGCACUCCUUACUGGAUGGCUCCCGAAGUUGUCAAGCAGAAAGAAUACGGUCCCAAGGUCGACUGCUGGUCAUUGGGUAUCAUGGCUAUCGAAAUGAUCGAAUCCGAGCCCCCAUACUUGAACGAGGAGCCCCUCAAGGCCUUAUACCUCAUCGCUACCAACGGAACUCCUCGCCUCAAGAAGCCCGAAAAGCUCACCAAGGAACUCAAGGCCUUCCUGAGUGUUUGCCUCUGUGUCGAUGUUCACUCCCGUGCUACUGCGGACGAACUCCUCGCCCAUGAGUUCUUGCAAAUGGGCUGCAGUCUUGCGUCGCUUGCUGAGCUGCUUCGCUGGAAGAAAGCCUCCGGUCAGUGA